GAGAGUCUGGAGAGCCUCGUUGUUGAAUGACCCAGACAUCAAACUGUAAAAAGGCCCUGACAGAUCUGGAACAUCUCUUGGAGGCUGUGACCAACAGGAGCAAAAAAAAAACAAAACAGGUGAAGACUUUGAGGGACAAAACAUUUUAUGAAGUCUUGGAGAGAAUGGCAGACAAAGACACGAUUUAGGAGAAACACUUCAUCCUCCAGCUUCUUCUCCUGCCUGCUUCCAACUCCAACAACCAUCCGAUUAACACUUGGCCUUUUUCACGCCUUUGAAGGGAGACACGGGACAGAAAGGAGCAGGAGAACGAGGUGUUUUAAGAGACGCCGAGCUGCAGGACUCAUGGACGACAUGGAAACCUCAAACUCUUGUGAUCAAUGAUGAAAGCUUCACGCCUCUCUGUGCCUCUGAAGCCCUGCCAUAGCCCACACAUGGUGUCUUCUGAUGUCCUGGUAUCGACCUGAGGCUGAACCAUGGUCAUUCUGCAGCAGGGGGACUAUGUGUGGCUGGACCUUAAAACGGGCCGGGAGUUUGACGUCCCCGUGGGAGCCGUGGUCAAACUCUGUGACUCCGGACAGAUCCAGGUUCUGGACGAUGAAGGAACGGACCACUCCAUUUCCCCUCAGUAUGCCACCAACAUCAAGCCCAUGCACCCCACCUCCAUCCAGGGGGUGGAGGACAUGAUCCGUCUGGGCGACCUCAACGAAGCCGGCAUCCUCCGCAACCUGCUGAUCCGCUACAAUGAACGCGUCAUCUAUACGUACACGGGCUCAAUCCUGGUCGCUGUCAAUCCCUACCAGCUGCUGCCCAUCUACACUGCAGACCACAUCCGCCUCUACACCAAUAAGAAGAUAGGCGAGAUGCCGCCGCACAUAUUCGCCAUCGCGGACAACUGUUACUUCAACAUGCAGCGGAACAACAAAGACCAGUGCUGCAUCAUCAGCGGAGAGUCUGGAGCGGGGAAGACGGAGAGCACAAAGCUGAUCCUGCAGUUUCUGGCAGCCAUCAGUGGUCAGCACUCCUGGAUAGAGCAGCAGGUCCUGGAGGCCACGCCCAUCCUGGAAGCCUUUGGAAACGCCAAGACGAUCCGCAACGACAACUCCAGCCGCUUCGGGAAGUAUAUAGAUAUCCACUUCAACAGACGAGGGGCCAUCGAAGGAGCCAAAAUCGAGCAGUACCUGCUGGAAAAGUCCCGCGUGUGUCGACAGGCUCCCGAUGAGAGGAACUACCAUGUGUUUUACUGCAUGCUGAGGGGGAUGGCUCCAGAAAUGAAGUCCAAGCUGGGCCUGGGUCUCGCCACAGACUACUCCUACCUCACCAUGGGGAGAUGCACACAGUGUGACGGGCGCGACGACCUGAGCGAUUACUCCAGCAUCACCGCGGCCAUGAAGGUCCUCAUGUUCACUGAGACGGAGAACUGGGAGAUCUCCAAGCUGCUGGCGGCCAUCCUGCACAUGGGAAACCUGCGCUUCGAGGCUCGUACAUUUGAAAACCUGGACGCCUGUGUGGUUGUGAGAUCACCUGACCUGGUCACUGCUGCCUCACUCAUGGAGGUGGAGCCUAAAGACGUGAUGGUGUGUUUGACCACACGGACCCUGAUCACGCGUGGGGAAAGUGUCACUACGCCUCUCAGCGUGGAACAGGGCCUGGAUGUCAGGGAUGCUUUCGUCAAGGGCAUCUAUGGACGGCUGUUUGUCUGGAUCGUGGAUAAGAUCAAUGCUGCCAUUUACAGACCGCCGUCCUGUGAGAGCAGCAUCGUGCGCAGGUCCAUCGGGUUGCUGGACAUCUUUGGUUUUGAGAACUUCAUCCUGAACAGUUUCGAGCAGCUGUGCAUCAACUUCGCCAACGAGAACCUGCAGCAGUUCUUCGUCCGCCACGUCUUCAAACUGGAGCAGGAGGAGUACAACCUGGAGGACAUCAGCUGGCAGCACAUCGAGUUCACCGACAACCAGGACGCUCUGGACAUGAUCGCCAACAAACCCAUGAACAUCAUCUCGCUCAUCGACGAGGAGAGCAAGUUCCCUAAGGGGACUGAUGCUACGAUGCUGUACAAGCUCAACUCACAGCACAAGCUCAACUGCAACUACAUCCCCCCUAAGAACAGCUACGAGACCCAGUUUGGUAUCCAACACUUUGCUGGUGUGGUUCAUUACGAGACCAGAGGAUUCUUGGAGAAAAACCGAGACAGCCUCCACACGGACAUCAUCCAGCUCGUCCACUCGUCCAAGAACAAGUUCAUCAAGCAGAUCUUCCAGGCUGACGUUGCCAUGUUUCUGUGUGGCUAUCAGCAGCCCAGCACUCCCACUCCCAAGGGGGUCGAGACGAGGAAACGCUCGCCCACUCUCAGCAGUCAGUUCAAACGAUCUCUGGAGAUGCUGAUGAGGACGCUCAGCGUGUGUCAGCCUUUCUUCGUCCGCUGUGUCAAACCCAACGAGCUCAAAAAACCCUUGUUGUUUGACAGGGAGCUGUGUAUUCGUCAGCUGCGGUACUCCGGCAUGAUGGAGACCAUCAGGAUCAGGCGGGCCGGUUACCCCAUCAGAUACACCUUCAUGGAGUUUGUGGACCGUUACCGAGUCCUCAUGCCUGGCGUCAAACCCGCCCACAUACAGGAGGACCUACGAGGGACCUGUGAGGUGAUCGUCCAGGCCCGGCUGGGGAAACAUGAUGACUGGCAGAUCGGAAAGACCAAGAUUUUCCUGAAGGACCACCACGACAUGCAGCUGGAGGUCGAGAGGGACACCGCCAUCACAGACAAGGUCAUCCUCAUCCAAAAGGCCGUGCGUGGACUCAGAGAGAGGACCUACUUCCUCAAACUGAGGAGUGCUGUGACUUUCCUCCAGAAGGUCUGGAGGGGUUAUCGCUGCAGGAGGAAUUACAAAAUUAUGAAGUGUGGCUUCCUGCGGCUCCAGGCGGUCUACAGGGCGAGGAGGUUCUACAGAAGUUACCGGCUGACCCGCCUCAACGUGACCUUCAUUCAGGCGCGUUGUCGCGGCUUCCUCGUCCGGCAGGCGUUCUGGCGACGUCUCCGCGCCGUGUUGACCCUGCAGGCCUACACCAGAGGCAUGAUAGCCAGACGCCUCUGCCUGAGGCUGCGGGCAGAGCUGAGGCAUCGGCAGGAGGCCGAGCGCCAGCGCCUGGCCGAGGAGGAGCAGCUGCGAAACCUGAUGACGGCUCGGCGGGCCAAGGCGGAGGCCGAGAGGAAACACCAGGAGAGGCUCGUCCAACUGGCCCAGCAGCAGGAGGAGCGAGAGAGGGAGGAGAGGGAGGAGGCGAGGAGGAAGAAGGAGCUGCUGGAGCAGAUGGAGAGGGAGAAGGAGCAGCCCGUGGAUCACUCCGACAUGGUCGACCGCAUGUUCGGGUUCCUGGGGAACUCGGGGCCUUUGCCCAACCAGGACGGACAGGCACCAUCUGGUUUUGAGGACCUGGAGAACACUCCUCACGUUGAGGGAGCUGAAGAAGAGGAGCUGAACGAAGCUCUGCCGUUACCCGACGAGGAGGACGAAGAUCUGUCCGAGUACAAGUUCUCCAAGUUUGCCGCCACGUACUUCCAGGGCGUUUCCACUCACACAUACAUCAGACGGCCGCUCAAACAACCUCUGCUGUUCCACGAGGACGAAGGAGACCAGCUGGCUGCGUUAGCGGUGUGGAUCACCGUGCUGAGAUUCAUGGGUGACCUCCCGGAGCCAAAAUGUCAGAUGGUCAUCAAUGACGGCAGUGAAAAGAUUCCGGUCAUGACCAAAAUCUACGAAACCCUCGGCAAGAGGACGUACAAGAGGGAGCUGCAGGAGCUGCAGGUGGAGGGAGAGAACAGCUCCAUAGACGGCCAGAAGAGGAACAGUAUCCGACAUAAACUCGUGUCUCUCACUCUGAAGAGGAAAACAAAAAUCACAGAGGAGGUGACCAGGCGGCUCACAGAGGGGGACUAUGGCGUCCAGGGGAACAGCAUGCUGGAGGACAGGCCCACCUCCAACCUGGAGAAGCUUCACUUCAUCAUCGGCAACGGCAUCUUACGGCCCGCUCUCAGGGAUGAGAUCUACUGUCAGAUCUGCAAACAGCUCUCUCAGAAUCCGUCCAAGAGCAGCCACGCCCGCGGCUGGAUCCUUCUGUCUCUGUGCGUCGGCUGCUUUGCUCCGUCAGAGAAGUUUGUCAAGUACUUACGGACAUUUUUGAUAAACGGUCCCCCUGGUUACGCUCCAUAUUGUGAGGAAAGGUUGAGGAGGACAUUUGUCAACCGCACAAGGACCCAGCCGCCAUCUUGGUUAGAACUGCAGGCCACCAAGUCAAAGAAGCCCAUCAUGCUGCCAGUCACAUUCAUGGACGGGACCACCAAGACCCUCCUGGCAGACUCGGCUACGACGGCCAGUGAGCUCUGCAACGCUCUCGCAGACAAGAUCAACCUGAGGGAUCGCUUCGGCUUCUCCCUGUACAUCGCCCUGUUCGACAAGGUGUCAUCUCUGGGCAGCGGCAGCGACCACGUCAUGGACGCCGUCUCUCAGUGUGAGCAGUACGCUAAAGAGCAGGGCGCCCAGGAGAGGAACGCCCCCUGGAGGCUGUUCUUCAGGAAGGAGAUCUUCAACCCCUGGCACAACCCCGCUGAUGACUACGUCGCCACGAACCUCAUCUACCAGCAGAUUGUCCGAGGGGUGAAGUUUGGAGAGUACCGCUGUGAAAAGGAGGACGACCUGGCCGAGCUGGCCUCUCAGCAGUACUACGUGGAUUACGGCUCCGAGAUCCUCCAAGACCGCCUGCUCAGCCUCAUCCCGUCCUACAUCCCCGACAGAGAGAUCAGCUCGACUAAGACCGCAGAGAAGUGGGCCCAGCUCAUCAUCAACGCCCACAAAAAGGGAUUACACACUAAAAGGAGGCCGAGCACGCAGAGGGUGAAGGAGGACGUGGUGGAUUUCGCUCGCUUAAAGUGGCCUUUGCUCUUCUCGCGCUUCUACGAGGCCUUCAAGUUCUCAGGGCCCAGUCUGCCCAAGAAUGACGUGAUCGUGGCGGUGAACUGGACCGGGGUUUACUUUGUGGACGAACAGGAGCAGGUCCUCCUCGAGCUGUCGUUCCCGGAGAUCACCGCUGUGUCCAGUAGCAGAGGGGGUAAACUUCAGGGCCAGAGUUUCACCUUGGCCACAAUCAAAGCAGACGAGUACACGUUCACCUCCAACAACGCAGAGGACAUCAGAGACCUGGUGGUCACCUUCCUCGACGGCCUGAGGAAGAAGUCCAAGUAUGUGGUGGGACUGCUGGACUGUCCUAACCCCGCAGGAGCAGAGUCCACGUUCCUGAGUUUCACUAAGGGGGAUCUGAUCAUCCUGGACGAACACUCUGGAGAGCAUGUGAUGAACUCCGGCUGGGCUCACGGCAUCAACGACCGGACCAAACAGAGAGGAGACUUCCCCGCUGAGUGUGUCUACGUGCUGCCCACCAUCACCCGGCCGCAGUACGACAUCGUGGCUUUAGUGACCAUGACGCCUGAUCAGAGGCGAGAAUCCAUCGGUGUGUCGCAGAUGAACCUCUCCGACAAAGAGGACAAAGCGAAGGUUUACACCCUGGAGGAGUUCUCCUACGACUACUUCAGGCCUCCUCCAAAGAGCACUCUGAGCAGGGUGAUGAUCUCCAAGUCCAGGGGGAAGGAGCGUCUGUGGAGCUGCACGAGGGAGCCUCUGAAACAGCCGCUGCUGAAGAAAGUGUUGGCUCACGACGAGCUCUCCCAGGAGGCCUGCCUGGCCUUCAUGUCCAUGAUGAAGUACAUGGGCGACUAUCCGUCCAAACGCGUGCGCUCAGUCAACGAGCUCACAGAUCAGAUCUUUGAAGGAGCGCUGAAGGCCGAGCCGCUCAAAGACGAGAUCUUCUGUCAGAUCCUGAAGCAGCUCACUGAUAAUCAUAUCAAGUACAGUGAAGAGAAGGGCUGGGAGCUGCUGUGGCUCUGCACUGGUUUGUUUCCUCCCAGUAACACUCUGCUGCCUCACGUCCAGAGGUACCUGCAGGCUAAGAAACACUAUCCACUCGCUCCAGACUGCAUGCAGCGGCUGCAGAAAGCAUUACGAAAUGGAUCCAGAAAGUACCCUCCUCACCUGGUGGAGGUCGAAGCCAUCCAGCACAAAACCACUCAGAUCUUCCACAAAGUUUACUUCCCCGAUGACUCCGACGAGGUGUUCGAGGUGGAGUCGAGCACCAAGGCCAAAGACUUCUGUCACAACAUCUCAGGACGUCUGAUUCUCAAAUCCUCAGAGGGCUUCAGUCUCUUUGUGAAGAUCACUGACAAGGUCAUCAGCGUGCCCGAUGGAGACUUUUUCUUCGACUUUGUGAGACACCUGACUGACUGGAUCAAGAAAGCCAGACAUGUGAAAGACGGUGUGGUGCCUUCACUGACCUAUCAGGUGUUCUUCAUGAAGAAGCUGUGGACUAACACUGUACCAGGAAAAGACAACAUGGCUGACUCCAUCUUCCACUAUUAUCAAGAGCUGCCUAAGUACCUGAGGGGCUACCACAAGUGUUCGAGGGACGAGGUCCACCAGCUGGGGGCGCUAAUCUACAGGGUGAAGUUUGAGGAGGAUAAAUCUCAGUUCCACAAUAUGGCCAAGAUCCUGAAGGAGCUCGUCCCUCAGGACCAGAUCAGACAUCUCUCCGCCGACGACUGGAAGAGGGUGAGCUCACGCGGCGAACGAAGAAAAAAUAAAAUCAAGGAGUCACGGUUGAACGAGCAGGAGGGACAGCACUCA